CGCGUUCACCGAGCCGCGGGAAGGAGGACCAGCGCCUCUCCCUCCACCGCGCUUCACUUGGUAUAACCUUCUCAUCACCAGCAUCAGCAUGUCGCCGCCUUGGGAAGACUAUAAUUCAUAAUACGACGGUUAUUUGGUGGAAUUUCCCUCUGGAUUGUUGGAAUUCUCUGCAUAUACACACGUUCAUCGCUUCAUCCGCCCGGAAUUGUCUCGCUGCACGAGAAGUUCUGUCAAAGGUGCGUUCGAAGCUGGAGGACACGGCAUGGGGCACAGGACUGGACCCACCAUGACGGUCGUGUGCUUCAAUCCGGGAAGUCGCCUGAAAGAAAACUCACAAGACACCGCUCUGAAUCACUGACUGAACACACGGUUGUGACCUUCCCCUCAGCGCUGUCACCUGUACACUCUGUGGGAAAGUCACUUUACCUCUGCAAAGACUUGGCCGAGAAUAUUACGUUCUGUCCGUUAUCAACAAUAGCAAAAAACGGAUAUUGCAUUCUGCAUUUCACUGUAAAAUGAUCUAUGUGGGACAUAAUAUCCAGCAGAUAAAUCCUGAAUAGCACCCAGAACCAGAUGUAAUCAUCACUCUUGAGGAUCUUUCCCGAGCUCUGUCCCUCUUGUGGUGCAUCCUGUCACUCUCUACAAUGAAUCCCAUCAGCCUAGCUGGGUUUUUCUUCUCGCUGCUGGGUACCAUGCUGGGCCUGAGCGUAGGUUUGGAGUUCACUGGCGCUGGAGGUCAGUGGGCUCGCUACCUGCGCUGGGACGCCAGCUCCAGAAGUGACCUGACAUUUCAGUUCAAGACCUCACAAUCAGAGGGCCUGCUGCUCUACUUCGACGACGGCGGCUACUGUGACUUUUUGCUGCUCGCUGUGUCAGACGGUAAGCUGCAGCUUCGCGUCAGCAUCGACUGUGCUGAGACCACCAUCACCUCUGACAAGGUGGUCAACGACGGCCGCCGGCACUUUGCUGCCAUCAACAGGCACAAUUUGCGGACUGGCUUGGCCGUGGACGGCCAGACCAAGACGGAGGAGGUGCGGCCCCAACGGCGGUUUAUGAAGAUCGUUAGUGACCUCUUUCUGGGAGGGCUUCCGGUGGACAUCCGCACAUCUGCCAUCACCCUGCCCUCUGUCCGUGAGCUACCGCCAUUCAAGGGAAUUAUCACCGACCUCAGUUAUGGGAGUAAGCUGCCCACGCUCAUCAAUAGUCAGAAAGUACGCUUGGAGAUGAUGGGUCUUUGCACGGAGAACCCCUGUGAGAAUGGCGGGAUCUGCUCUUUGGCAGAUGGAGAACCCUACUGUGACUGCUCCAGAUCUGGAUAUGUGGGUCAAUACUGCACUGAAGCAGUCCAGAGAAAACCAGGCCUCGCACACCUGAAGGCAGAGCAAGGUAGAAACAAAGCGAGGGAGGAGAACGUGGCCACCUUCCGGGGCUCGGAGUACUUCUGCUACGACCUGUCGCAGAACCCCAUUCAGAGCAGCAGCGACGAGAUCACGCUGUCCUUCAAGACCUGGCAGCGUAACGGCCUCCUGCUGCACACGGGCAAAUCCGCAGACUACGUCAACCUGGCGCUGAAAGACGGGGCCGUCUCCCUCGUCAUCAAUCUGGGCUCCGGGGCCUUUGAGGCCAUCGUGGAGCCGGUCAAUGGAAAGUUCAACGACAACGCCUGGCACGACAUCAAAGUGACUCGCAACCUGAGACAGCAAUCAGGCAUUGGACACGCUAUGGUAAACAAACUACAUUGUCUGGUGACUAUCUCCGUUGAUGGGAUCCUCACCACCACCGGCUACACCCAGGAAGACUACACCAUGCUGGGCUCAGAUGAUUUCUUCUACGUGGGUGGGAGCCCCAGCACCGCUGACCUGCCUGGAUCUCCAGUUAGCAACAAUUUCAUGGGCUGCCUGCGAGAGGUGGUGUACAAGAACAAUGACAUCAGGCUAGAGCUGUCUCGCCUCGCCCGCAUCGUAGACCCCAAGAUGAAACUCCAAGGCGACGUGGUCUUCAAGUGUGAAAACGUUCCAACCCUCGACCCGAUCAACUUCGAGACGCCAGACUCCUACCUGGCCUUGCCGAAAUGGAACACCAAACGCGUGGGUUCCAUUUCGUUUGAUUUCCGCACGUCCGAACCCAAUGGCUUGAUACUCUUCACCCACGGCAAGCCCCAGGACCGGAGGGACCCAAAGGGCCAGAAGAACAACAAGGUGGACUUCUUCGCGGUGGAGCUGCUGGAUGGAGGGCUGUACCUGCUGCUGGACAUGGGGUCCGGCACCAUCAAGGUCAAGGCCACACAGGCUAAGGUCAAUGACGGCGUCUGGCACCACGUGGACAUCCAGAGGGAUGGUCGCUCAGGCAUCAUCUCAGUAAACAGCCGCCGAUCUCCUUUCACAGCCAGCGGGGAAAAUGAGAUCUUAGACCUGGAGGGGAACCUUUAUCUGGGUGGUCUGCCUGACAGCCGGGCAGGCCUGGUGCUGCCCACUGAGCUCUGGACCGCUAUGCUGAACUACGGCUACGUUGGCUGCGUCCGGGAUCUGUUCAUCGACGGACGCAGCAAGGACAUCCGGCAGAUAGCUCAGUCCCAGAACGCGACCGGCAUCAAGUCCUCUUGCAGUAAGGUGACGGGAAAACAGUGCGACAGCAACCCCUGCAAGAACAACGGUGCAUGCAAGGAGGGCUGGAACCGCUUCGUCUGUGACUGCACUGGAACGGGCUUCUGGGACAGCACCUGUGAGAGGGAGGCGUCCAUCCUGUCGUACGACGGGAGCAUGUACAUGAAAGUGGUGAUUCCCAACGUCAUGCACACGGAGGCCGAGGACGUCUCCCUGCGCUUCAUGUCCCAGCGGGCGUUCGGGCUGCUCAUGGCCGCCACGUCCCGCGAGUCAGCCGACACGCUGAGGCUGGAGCUGGACAGCGGCAGGGUCAAACUGACGGUCAACCUAGACUGUGUCAGGAUAAACUGUAACACCAGCAAGGGCCCUGAAGUUCUUUAUGCCGGACAAAAGCUCAACGACAACGAGUGGCACUCGGUGCGAGUGGUCCGCCGCGGUAAGAUCUUCAAAAUCACCGUGGACGACGACAUGGCUGAAGGUCAGAUGGCGGGUGACCACACCCGUCUGGAGUUCAACAACGUGGAGACGGGCAUCUUGACCGAGAGGCGCUUUGUCUCGUCCGCUCCCUCCUCCUUUAUAGGGCAUCUUCAGAGCCUCAAAUUCAACGGGAUGCAGUACAUCGACAUGUGCAAGAACGGGGACAUUGACUUCUGCGAAUUGAACGCCCGCUUUGGCAUGCGCUUCAUCAUAGCCGACCCCGUGACCUUCAAGACAAAGGGCAGCUACCUGGGCCUGGCCACUCUGCAGGCCUAUACAACGAUGCACCUCUUCUUUCAGUUCAAAACCACCUCGCCCGACGGUUUCAUCAUCUUCAACAGCGGAGACGGGAAUGACUUCAUCGCUGUAGAGCUGGUCAAAGGGUUUAUCCACUAUGUGUUUGACCUGGGGAACGGGCCCAGUCUGUUGAAGGGGAACAGUGACAACCCGCUGAACGAUAACCAGUGGCACAACGUGGUCAUCACGAGGGACGCCUCCAACACGCACACGCUCAAGGUGGACGCAAAGUCCGUCACCCAGAAUGUCAACGGAGCCAAGAACCUGGACCUCAAAGGCGACCUGUUCGUCGGAGGUCUGGGACCCAACAUGUACCAGAACCUCCCUAAGCUGGUGGUUUCUCGGGAGGGCUUCCAAGGCUGCUUGGCCUCGGUUGAUCUCAACGGCCGCCUGCCGGAUCUCAUCAACGACGCCCUUUUCCGCAGCGGGCAGAUUGAGCGAGGCUGUGAAGUUGGUUUCACCAAAGCCGACCUGCAAGGCCCGAGCACGACCUGCCAGGAGGACUCGUGCGCCAACAUGGGCGUGUGCAUCCAGCAGUGGGAGAACUUCACUUGCGACUGCUCUAUGACGUCUUACUCCGGAACGCACUGCAGUGACCCCGGCACCACCUAUAUCUUUGGCAAAGGAGGGGGUCUGAUCACCUACACGUGGCCCAAUAAUGAGAGGCCAAGCACACGGACGGACCGGCUGGCAGUGGGCUUCAGCACCACCAUCAAAGACGGCAUCCUCGUGCGCAUCGACAGCGCCCCUCGUCUGGGUGACUACAUCAUGCUCCACAUCGAACAAGGCAAAGCGAGUGUGACAUUCAACAUUGGGACAGUGGACAUCAGCGUGAAGGAAACGGCCACGGCGAUAAACGACGGCAAAUACCAUCUGGUCCGAUUCACCAGGAACGGGGGUAACGCCACCUUGCAGGUGGACAACUGGCCAGUGAAUGAACACUUCCCCACAGGCAACAGCGACAUUGAGCGCUAUCAAAUGGCCAAUAAGAAAAUCCCGUUCAAAUAUACCCGGCCAGUAGAAGAUUGGCUUCAGGAGAAAGGCCGGCAGCUCACCAUCUUCAACACCCAGGCCACUAUCUCCAUCGGCGGAAACGACCGCAAGCGGCCGUACCAGGGCCAGCUCUCCGGCCUCUACUACAACGGCCUCAAGGUCCUCAACAUGGCCGCCGAGGGCCACGUCAACAUCAGGGUGAACGGCAGCGUGCGGCUGGUGGGCGACGUGCCCGUCAGCAGGGGAGCGGCGCGCACCACCACGUCGGCGCCUCCGGAGAUGUCCACCACCUUCAUCGAGACCACCACCACGCUCUCCACGACGACCACCCGCAAACAGCGCUCGCCGCCCACUAUCCAGACGACCGAUGACAUCGUUUCGUCCGCCGAGUGCUCCAGCGACGACGAGGACCUGGAGGAGUGCGACUCGGGACAUGCAGGAGGGGAGCUAGUGAUCCCCGUGCUAGUGGAGGACCCCAUAGACAUCCCCUCUGUAUCCACCCGUUCUCCCUUCAUCCCCCUCCCCCCCACCCUCCGCCCCGUCCUCACCAUUAUCGAGACCACCAAAGAAUCCUUGGCCAUGGCCACUGAGGCGGGGGUACCUUGCUUUUCGGACCGAGGCGGCGAUGAUUGUGAUGAUGGUGGUGAUGAUGAUGAUGAUGAUGGCAUGGUGAUUUCGGGGUUUGGCUCUGGCGAAGCUUUCGACUCAAGCCUGCCCCCGACUGACGAUGAAGAUUUUUACACCACCUUCUCCCUGGUAACAGAUAAGAUCUUGACCACAUCGGCCUAUGAAGGCAGCUACAAAGUCCUCGCACCCAAGUGGGAGGCCAAGGACUUGAGGCCUAGCAAAGCCUCUGAGGCAGGUAGGACUACACCCUCCUCGCCUUUGCCUGACCUCCGGGGCACGCCGGCGGUCCCCUCGGACAAGCCACCCAAGCUGCCCGCCGGGAAAAUGAACAACCGCGAGGUAAAACCCCCGCAGCCGGACAUAGUCCUGCUGCCCCUGCCCACGACGUUCGAUCUGGACGGCACCAAGCCACGGGGCCCCUUUAUCACCUCGCCCAUGCUGCGCACGGUGCCCGCCCCCUUGCCCACCGUGCCCGGAGUGGUGAGGCGGGUGCCCCCGGGGGCCUCAGAGGUGAUCCGGGAAUCCAGCAGUACCACAGGCAUGGUGGUGGGUAUCGUCUCCGCCGCCGCCCUCUGCAUCCUCAUCCUCCUCUAUGCCAUGUACAAGUACAGGAACAGGGACGAGGGUUCCUACCAGGUGGACGAGACGCGCAACUACAUCAGCAACUCGGCGCAAACCAACGGCGCUGUGGUGAAGGAAAAGACGCCCAGCGGCAGCGCCAAAGGCAGCGCCAGUACCAAGAGACCGAAAGACAAGGACAAGGAAUAUUAUGUAUAGAAAUCAAAAGUCAUUUCCCAACACAUAGAAAGAUAAACUGUUUGGAACACAGUUAUAAACGUUUUGACAGUACCAUAUUGGCAACUGUGAUUUUAAAAAGGAUAAAACCUCUUGAGAAUCCAAGUCUUACUGAGUCACUGAAACAUUUGCAAAAAAAACGUUUGGCUUAUGGAAGCACACUUACUAUUGUAAGCAUUACAGAGAGACAAUGCAGUACAACUUCACCGGGACUCAACGUGGAUCUUUUUAAGGCGAGCCUGCUGGAGACAUUUGGCAGUGUGACAAACAUCCCUCUAAAAUCCACACGACCCCCCCACCCCAAGUGACUGUCAAGAUGAGCGUGAUCCUUCGAGUUCCAACAGCCGUGUCCAUUGUAAACCUGUAAAAUACGAUCUCUGUCGUUUCGGCCAUCCAGAGCAUGCAUGUGAGUGUAUGUGACGUGGUGCUGGCAUCUGUGUAAGUGAGGGACCUCAAGAAACCACGAUUGUCGGGAAAGUUGGACGUCAAAACAUGAUUCGCAUCGCAAACACUUUCAUCAAAUGUAGCUUUCAUGGAGGCGAAACGCGCUGAAGUAUAAAUGGGUACUUACAGCUGUCUUUUAUUUCUUUUUUAUUUAUUCAGUUGGUUAGUUAUUUAUUCAUUUAUUCUAGGUCCUUCUUUUGGAGGGAUGAUGUCCAGUUGGGUGGGGAUGCGAUGCAGUAACGUGUCUCCCUCUCGUCUCGUCGUUAAGGGACGAGCCGCAAACUAAUUCCAGAUGGUGUUCAAGCUUGGAUGAGGGGAUCCGCCUGAAUUGAAAAAUAUCCAAAAGCAUCACUUUUGUCCAGUUUCCAUCCACUUCCUGAGAUGUUCCAAACGCAUUAUCAUAACGUGUGUCCAGCUGAGAUUUUAACUGUCGCAAUCUUAAAAAAGGUCUGGACUAAAGACUUACUCUAGUAUGAACAAGUGAGAUUCUAUCUGUUGUCACAGACAACCGUGUCAAAAACAGCAAAUAUGUUUACAUAUUUUAUUACAUCAUAGCCGUUGUGCUUUGCAGGUCAAUAUUGUACAGAAAAUGAAAGUUUCUGUUGAUUUUUAAAAAAAAGAAAUCAUCCUCUUGUAUAGACGGACCAUUUGAUUUGAUUUUACCGCUUGAGCAACACGACAAAGAAGUGAUUUAUAAUCCUUUCCAGGAACGCCUGGGGAUAAAAAAUGAUGUGCACAGGAACAUUUGUUUAGACAGAGAGCAAAUGUUGUUAGAUUAGACGUCUAGUCUCUCUGGAUAAUGUUCCUCUUCAGUCGCAUGAAUAUUUCACCAGAAGCUGUCAAUCAAUUAGAAAACAACUCCCUCGGAUCUUGUAAAAAAAGGUCUCCUCCUUAUUCUGAAAUGAAUUUCAUGAUGUUAUUUAUUUUUUAUUGGACAUUUUAAGAAACGGAGGAAGAGAAUAAAGACGCAUUAUGAGAGUUAUUAGCACCUUCCUGAUUUACAGGUGUUUUUUUGUUUCCUUUCCUUCUUUUUUUUAAAACUCUGACGUCAAUGUUCUCGUACGCUCAACUCGUCUUUUUGCAUCUGUUUUCUCUGUUUAUUGAGUAGCUUAAUUUCAUGUCUCAUUUUUAUGACAUUCUCUUCCAGCAAUAUUUCGUUUUUUAUGUCAUUAUUUAUUGCUGGUUAUUUGAUCUCAUUUUCAGGUAAAAUCAGUCAGUGUGUAUGUUCACUUUGGUUUUUUGUGUUGUUACUUGGCUUUUUUCGAACAGUUUUAGUGUCUAAUGCUCCUAUGACUCCAAACAAUUCCCACAAAUAAAAAAUGUUGUUCCCAAA